AUGUUCACCUGGCGCUUCAAACUGAUCCUGCUGCUGGCCCAGGCGCUGAGCGGUCAGGCGGGCUACAUUGGUGGCGAUGUGGCAUCCGGUGUCCAUUCCCCCGGACUGCUGGGCAACUAUGCGGGCGGCCUCAGUGGCGGCGAGGCGUUGGCCAAGCUGGAUCUGGGAUCUGGAGCGAGCGAACUGCAUGCGGAUCACGAGCAGCUGGGCGAACUGGGCGAUCACCUGAGCGAGCACAGCUUUCCGGCGGAUUAUGGCAACAGCGAUGCGGGCGUGGAAUAUGCCGAGGCGAGCGAGCUGCAUGCGCACUACGAGCCGGAGCUGGAGCACUACGAGCACCAUGAACACCAUGAACACCAUGCCGAGGAGCCGGUGCCCGGCAUUGAUCACGGCAAAGGCGCCUUCAGCUACAGUACGCUCUACGAGUUCAAGGAUCGGCAGGAGCACGAGCACCACCAGCUGAAGCAUCAGCUGGAGGAGCAGCACAUCCAACAGCAGCAGGAGCUAGAGCAUCAGCACCACUUCUUCGAGCACCAGCUGGACUCUCACUAA